AUGAUCCAGGAGUGCCUGAACUCGAAGGGCUGUCCUUUGGGUGUUCCACAUGCCAAGCUUGCAGCCCCUCCUGCACCACCGGCCCUGGGCAACUACGGCCCUGGCAUGGCCAUGGGUGGGCCCGGGCAAGGACCGGGUUCCAUGGGUGCUCCGAUGCAAGACUAUCAGUGUGCUGACAAUGAAGUCAUUGUGCCCGCCGACUUAGCCGCCCUCGGAGUGGAGUCCUCUGUAAGCGCGUCGGUGCGUGCCUUUGGUCCGAUGACCGACUCCGAAGAGAUCGAAGAGCGCGUGCUGGCGCUCAUCGAUCUGCUCAAGAAGAAGGCUGGCGAAGCGAGGGCAGUCACGAUGAUGUCAGGGAACAAGUGGUUUCGUUGCCAGGAUGACAAGAAGAUCAAGGAGUGUGGCGAGGAGAUCGCCGAUGCAGCAAGCGACAAUGAGCCAUACUUCGAACCCGAGCAGGUUGUGCAGAUGCUGUCCACCUGGCUUGAUGCGUGCAUAGCCAAGCGAGAUGACGAAGUUCUCCAGGUCACAGCCACCGCGAUCCGCUAUGCAAAAGUUGAAGAUGGGUCUGAACAUCCAGGAAUGACCGAGGUGCUGAAGAAGCUGCUUAAAGCGCUCGCGGUUCCAGGCAGCAAGCAUCUUGAGACCAUGUUCUUGGUAAGGUCCCAGCCGGUGAAGUGGACCGGCGAUCUGCAGAUGUACCCCGUUCUGACGGAGCUCCUUGUGCACGACAAGACAGAGGUUCUCCACGACGCCUUGGAGCUCAUCACGGGAUGUGCCUUUGUACAGCUCAUGGAGCUACCGGACGAGGAGGCUGCUGCCAUCUUGAAGAUGACCCUGGAGCUUGUAAAGCAUGUGAAGCAGCUGGUGAAAGGCUACAAGCCAGGAGAGAUGACCAUCUCAAAGCACUUGGCCCAAAAGCUUACCUACUUGAAAGGCCUUCUGCAAACAGCCAACAUCUUCUGUGCCAUGCUGGUGAUGAACUCAAAUUUUCCCAAAGCUACUGCAGCAAUCGCUGCUCCCUCUUUGAUCCUCGAGCUCAAGGAUGCCCUCAGCGAGCUGAAGCCCAAACCGAAGGAGCAGGAUCUCAAGCAGCAGCUGAGCGAAUCCUUGGAACACUGCCAGAACCUCAUUAGCAGCAUGCCCAAACCAGCGGCCGGGUCAUCAUCAGACCCCGUCGGGGAUGCCAAGUCCUACCUCAAGGGCCUCAGUUCGGCGACUGACACCAAGACACUGGAAGGCACGCUGAAAAUGAUGAUGAGCAACACCGACCCCAAGUUCCUGGAUGUUGUGCUGGCCAAAGACAGUCUGCAAUCUGUCAUGGCUACAUUUAAGAAGGUGAAGAAGACGGAGAUGGACAGCAUUUACCUGACAUUUCAAGCAUUCCUCGCCUUCCUGGUGCAGAACCGUCCUGCUGCCCUGGAUCCUGUUGCCGAGGAGAUGAUUCAACUCUACAUGGCCGGACCCGUAGGCUUCGCCACGCCCAAGACCUUCGUCGAUGUAUGCACGGAGAAGUCACCAGGCAUUGCGAAAAAGAUCUGGACUAAGGUUGACAUGUGGAGCAAGGCAGUGAAGGACUCCAAGGGCGGGCCCAUGUACGAAGCAAACCUCUACCAGCUGGCCAGCGCCCUCGAGAGCAUGCCUCGAGUGCUGGAAGGCGCUGAACUGGAGGCCUUAGCCGGGAAAGAGCUGAAAGGAGGAGAUGGCUCAGCGCGGGAGAUGGCAACAAGUCUGAUCGAUGCCUAUGAGGGUCGGUCCCUGGAGGGCGCUUACGAGCAGAUUGCCGACAUGAACUCCAGAUUUAAGGAGGCUUGCGGAGAUAUGGAAAGCCUCAAAAAGUAUGUCGACGACAAUAUGUCAGAGAUGAAGGAUCAUCAGGUCGUGAGCCUUCGUGUCUCGACAUUUGGAACUUCCAGACUUCAGCAUUUCGGUCCUAGAAUAGGCAUCAUGCAUGCCGCAUGCCCCGUCGGCAGCAAUGAAUUUGCCAGUGGCCGAGAGUUGAGUCGCUGGAGGUACGUGGUGAAGAAAGCCAUGCUGCUGCACUUCAAGUGCGAAGCACCUACAGCCACCCGUUUCUGUGUGCUGCCGGACAGAGCCACAUUCACCACAGAAACCAUGGAGUGGUCGCGAUGGCUGAAGAUGGGACUUUCUGCAGCAAAGCUUGGCAAGUCAAUUUUGUCGGCUGAUGCUAUUGCAGACGUUCCCGGAGUUGUGGAUCAGGUGAAGGGCCUUUUCAGUCUCUAUAACAAGGACGAGGGCGAGGACUUCAUGACAUUUAUCUCGGAGCCUUUCCUGACGUCACAGGAGCAGGACAAGCUCCUGAACCAGCUGCGGGCGGCGAGCUAUUUCGAGAACUUCCGGUACGACAGCCAGACUGCCUCGUGGUUUUGCGCGAACUGCCACGCGAUUUACACCAAGGCCGGCUCGAAGCGAAGCGCGGAAGGCUUGGAAGAAGCAGCGAGCCACCCUGACCUUGAGAUUCCCUUCCCGGACCUGCGCUUCGAGAGCGGCGGUGGCGGUCUCGAGGGUCUGGAGGAUCGUGCGAGGAACGCCGCAGGGGCGGCCCUGGAGGUCAAGAAGACCACGGCGGCCUGCUGCACGCUCUUCGGCUUCAGCCUCUGUGAGACGGAGACAGGGGACAAGGACGAGAUCAAGACUUAG